AUGGAAGCAGAUUUUCAAGAAAUAAAAGACUUAAAAAUGGAAGUAAACGAAAUGCAAGAAGACAUGGACCUGCUAUCUGAACGAUUUUCAUGCGGAAUCUGCUGCAAUAGUUUUGCUGAAGUCAGUCCGGUCACACUCUCCCGCUGCAAUCACGUCUUCUGUCAAUUCUGCAUUGAAAAAGUCACCGAAUGUCCUGCAUGCCGGAAACCAAUUUACUACGGCUCUACCAAGCCGCUCUACUUCGUCUAA